GUUUUUUUUAAUUUGAUGCGUUGUUUCCUAGAUUGUUCUUUCCUCCUGCCACCAGGGGCCGCUGUUGCAGCACUGCAGCUGGUCUCUAUAAACUUCCGGUCCUUCUCUCUGCAGAGCCUUUUCUACCGGGGCCGAGUCAAUAUGGGACGCGUCAGGACUAAGACCAUCAAGAAGGCCUCCAGGGUCAUCAUUGAGAAAUACUACACCCGUCUGGGCAAUGACUUCCACGUCAACAAGAGGGUGUGUGAGGAGAUUGCCAUCAUUCCCAGCAAGCCACUGCGCAACAAAAUUGCAGGGUACGUGACACACCUGAUGAAGCGUAUCCAACGUGGUCCUGUCAGAGGAAUCUCCAUCAAGCUGCAGGAGGAGGAGAGGGAGAGGAGGGACAACUACGUCCCAGAGAUUUCAGCUCUGGACCAGGAGCUCAUUGAAGUGGAUCCAGACACAAAGGAAAUGCUAAAGAUGAUGGAUUUCGGUGGCCUCUCAAAGCUUCAAGUAACACAGCCAACCAUCGGAAUGAACUUCAAAACGCCACGAGGGCUGUGAUAAGUUAAAUAAAGAGAUGAAAUUAUUAAA